UUCUUUGAUUAUUCUUUUAUUUACCUCUCUUAUUUUUGAAUUUAAUUACAUGGGUUUUGAUAGUUGUUUCUUAUUAUCAGGUGGGGUACUCUGAUACUGCCAAAAUUUUGAGUUCUGGGGUUCCAUGCAUUAGUGGGAUGUAUCUGCAGUCAAGAGUUUGGACGUAUGGAUUAUUUAUGGUUGCAUGCAUGUGUUGUUCUUCACUACUUAUUGGAGCUUCAAAUCCGGUUACCAACCCCGAAGAAGUGAAGGCUUUAUGGGCCAUCAAGAGCAGUUUGAUAGAUCCUUGUGGGAAUUUGAGUGAUUGGGAUCAAGGAGACCCAUGUACAUCAAAUUGGACAGGGGUUUUUUGCUACAAUACAACAUUAGACGAUGGACAUCUACAUGUUCAACGAUUGCUACUACUACGUAUGAAUUUGUCAGGAAAUUUAUCACCACAGCUUGGUCGCUUAUCAAAGUUGAAAAUAUUGGGUUUUAUGUGGAACAACAUCACUGGGAGUAUACCAAAGGAGAUAGGCAAUAUUACCUCUUUGGAACUCUUGCUUCUGAAUGGAAACCAAUUAACAGGUCCCUUACCAGAAGAGCUUGGUUAUCUUCCAAACAUGGACAGAAUACAAAUUGACCAAAACCAAAUAUCGGGGCCACUACCUAAAUCAUUUGCAAACUUGAAUAAAACGAAGCACUUUCACAUGAACAACAAUUCGAUCAGUGGGCAAAUCCCGCCUGAGUUAUCCAGAUUACCAAGUCUUGUUCACUUGCUUCUCGAUAAUAAUAACUUAUCAGGGUAUCUUCCAGAAGAGUUCUUCAAACUGCCAAAAUUACAGAUACUUCAAUUGGACAACAAUAACUUCAAUGGGACUAGAAUUCCUGCUAAUUAUAGCAAAAUGCCUAAAUUGCUGAAGUUGAGCCUUAGGAACUGCAGUCUACAAGGACCAAUUCCUGAUUUUAGCCAAAUACGAAGCCUCCUUUAUUUAGACCUCAGUUCAAAUCAGCUAAAUGGAACCAUACCUCCAAAUAGGUUUUCUAAAAAUAUCACGACUAUCUUGUUAUCCCACAACCAUCUUACGGGAGCAAUUCCCUCCAACUUUUCGAUUUCAGUUCUUCCUGAUCUUCAAAGGCUGUCAAUUGCAAACAAUUUUUUGAACAGCUCUGUUCCAUCCUCGAUUUGGCAAAAUUGGACUUUGAAUGGAAUGGGGAAACUUACAGUGGAGUUGCAGUAUAAUAAACUUUCAGAUAUAACAUUUACAAGCAACUCUAAUAUACCUCCAAAUGUCACUGUCGGCCUUAAAGGGAAUCCCUUAUGCUGGAACUCCAACCUAUCCCGGUUUUGUGAAUCUGAAACAGAGGAUAAAAAUUACAGUCAGAAUUCAACAAACACCACUUCUGUUUGUCCAGCUCAAGCAUGCCCACCCCCUUACGAAUAUUCCCCUACAUCUCCAAUAGCUUGUUUCUGUGCUCGUCCUUUGUUUGUUGGAUAUCGGCUGAAAAGUCCUGGAUUCUCAGAUUUUCGUCCGUAUAGAUAUGAAUUUGAGGUGUUCCUGACUUCUCGUCUUGAGUUGUCUCUUUGUCAGCUGUACAUUGAUUCAUUUACAUGGGAAGAAGGACCUCGACUGGGAAUGCAUUUGAAGUUUUUUCCUGAAAACAGCACACGUGAAUUCAAUAGGAGUGAGAUUCAGCGAAUCUUUGAUAUAUUCACAUCAUGGAAAAUUCAUAAUCCUGACAUGUUUGGACCUUAUGAAUUUAUCAGCUUCUCUCUACUGGGCUUCCCUAAAGAUGACGGUGCCAACUCUCCAAGUUCUGGUUUAAGCAAAGGCACACUGGCUGGCCUAGUACUGGGGACUAUUGCAGUUGCAGUUACAUUGUCUGCAGUUGUUACUCUACUGAUAAUGAGAAGGCAUGUGGGGACGUACCAUUCACUUUCAAGAAGACGUCAUUCGUCUACAACCACCAUAAAAAUUGAUGAUGUGAAGGAUUUCACUUAUAGAGAAAUGGCCGUGGCUACAAACAGCUUUGACAAGUCCACUCAGGUUGGCGAAGGAGGGUAUGGUAAAGUUUAUAAAGGCAUUCUAGUUGAUGGGACAGUUGUGGCCAUAAAACGUGCACAAGAGGGAUCCUUGCAGGGUGAAAAGGAGUUCUUGACAGAGAUAGAAUUUAUGUCAAGGUUACAUCAUCGAAACCUUGUGUCUUUGAUUGGAUAUUGUGAUGAAGAAGGUGAACAGAUGUUGGUCUAUGAGUUUAUGUCAAAUGGUACACUAAGGGAUCACCUUUCUGCUAAGUGUAAUGAACCUCUGAGUUUUGAUAUGAGAUUGAGAAUUGCCCUAGGAUCGGCUAAGGGCAUUCUCUACCUACAUACUGAAGCCAAUCCUCCAAUAUUUCACCGAGAUAUCAAGGCCAGCAACAUAUUAUUGGACUCUAAGUAUAUGGAAAAAGUUGCUGAUUUUGGACUUUCGCGACUUGCACCACUUCCGGAUAUUGAAGGGACAGUGCCUGCUCAUGUAUCCACAGUUGUGAAGGGAACACCGGGUUACCUAGAUCCGGAGUAUUUCUUAACUCGUAAAUUAACAGACAAGAGUGAUGUUUAUAGUCUUGGUGUUGUAUUUCUUGAACUCUUGACUGGGAUGCAGCCAAUCUCACGUGGCAAAAACAUUGUUAGAGAGGUUAAUGUUGCAUGUAAAUCUGGUAUGAUCUUUUCAAUCAUUGACGGGAAAAUGGGAUCUUAUCCUCCUAAAUGUGUGGUGAAAUUUUUGAAUUUGGCUCUCAAGUGUUGUGAAGAUGAGACAGAUGCUAGACCUUCAAUGGCAGAGGUGGUUCGUGAACUUGAAAGUAUAUGGCAUAUGAUGCCUGAUUCUGACAAUGUAUUAGCAAAUCCUUUGGACACUGACAUUGAAAAGGUAGUGAAUACACCAUCAUCAUCCUCUAUGGUGAAGGAUCCUUAUGUGUCAUCCGAGAUAUCUAACACUAAACUUGUUAGUGGAGUUGUUCCAUCCAUCACCCCUAGAUAGAAAACAUUUCAAAAAUUAGGGUGUAUCGAAACCUAAGAUGCUAUGAUUUUGAAACUUGAAAAUUUGAACUGGGAAAUGAUAUUUACAAUCAUCUUGGUUGUAGAUGUGUAAAGACUCACUCUUCGAUCUUCAAUACAAUUAUUAUUAUUAUUUUGUUAA